UAGCACAUCUUCCAACCCAUAGCAAACUAGUUAUUCAACAAUGACUGACCAGCUUUGCAAACUUUUCGUCGGUGGCCUCAACGUGGACACGGACGACGAUGGCCUGCGCAAGCACUUCGAGCAGUACGGCUCCCUCACCGACUGCGUCGUCGUCGUGAACAAGCAGCUGCAGCGGUCCCGCUGUUUCGGCUUCGUCACCUACUCCUCACCGGAGGAGGCUGACGCAGCAAUGGCGGCCAGGCCUCACACCGUCGACGGCAAUUCGGUCGAGGUGAAGCGCGCCGUGGCGAGAGAAGACGCCAACAAGCCCGAAGCGCUCGCUAAGGUAAAGAAGAUCUUCGUCGGCGGUUUGAAGGACGACAUUGAAGAGGAGCACCUCAGCGAAUACUUUUCGCAGUACGGCGAGAUCGAGAAGGCCGAAGUGAUCUCGGAGAAGGAGACCGGGAAGAAGCGAGGCUUCGGCUUUGUUUACUUCACCGAUCACGACGCGGCCGACAAGGCGGUCGUCGUGAAGUUCCACACGGUCAACGGACACAAAGUCGAAGUAAAGAAAGCCCUGACGAAGCAGGAGAUGCAGGCGGCCAACAGAACCGGCAUGGCGCCCAGAAGCAGAGGCGGUAGAGGCAUGCGGGGAAAUCAAAAUGGCUACCCUAACAGGGAUAGCUAUAGCGGAGGCUACAACUACGGAAAUGGCGGCUACAACGGUGGUGGCGGUGGCAGCUACGGAGGAGGGUACGGCGGUGGGCCGUAUAGUGGUGGUUACGACCAGGGAAGCUACGGAGGCGGCAACGGCUACAGCGAUUUCGGCAGCGGCUACGGGCAGCACUCCUCCGGCUACGGCCCCAUGAAAGGGCCUCCCUUCGGCGGGCAAAGGAGCACGACACCCUACAACCGAGGAGGCGGAGGCGGCGGCGGCGGCGGCGGUUACCCACGAGGGGGCUACGGCGGUGGCGGCUACUAAAUAUUCAUCGACACAAGAACAUCAUCUGCCCUCCAGCCAGGAUUUGGACGUCAAAAUCGAAUUCAAAAAACGGGGCGUCUGCCGUGAAA